UCGUUGUCUAAUGUGGCAAUUAUAAGAAUUAAAAUUUGUUCAGUGUUAUGUGUCUUCCGAAUGUGAGUAUACUUCCUUAAAGGAUUAAACUUCCCAGGAGAACCCUUGUUCCAGAAUCUGCAAAAACCUCAGGUGCCUGCCUUCUUUCUCAUUCGUUUUGUCGGAGAAACAAAUUGGUUUAACUUGCUAAUCAAGACUGCCUGGAUGGAAAACCUAACCAAACAAUAAACCAAGAAAGAAAAAAGAAAAUUCUAGAGGAAACUUUUUCGUCAUUGGAUUCGCAUGCAGGUAUGGCGAAUGGCACUAGGUUGUCUAGUAGGAAAGCUAAGGAUGAUGGAGAUGGUACUAGAUCGUCUGAUAGGAAAGCUAAGGAUGACGGAGAUGGUAUUAGAUCGCCUAGUAGGAAAGCUGAGGAUGAUGGAGGUGGUACCAGAUCCUCUAGUAGGAAAGCUAAGAAUGAUGGAGAUGGUACCAGAUCAUCUAGUAGGAAGGCUAAGGAUGAUGGAGAUGGUACUAGAUCUUCUAGUAGGAAAGCUAAGGAUGAUGGAGAUAAUGAUUUAAAAGGAAGUCAAAAUAGAGGUAAAAAGUCAGUGAAUUUAGGUGCUGCUACAGCAGAAGCAUCUGGUGUUAGGAGGUCACCUAGGGAAACCAUAUCUAAGAAAAACAUGACUCCACCAAGUUCUUCUGGUACACGGAAGUCGGAACGUCUUGAGAAGCAGACUGCAAAUUUGAAUUCAACGACUUCUUCAGGUAAGAGGAAAUCUGAGCGAAUUGAGAAGAAAAAGAAGAAGAAGAAUGCGAGUCCUUUGAGGAGAUCUGACAGGGUUAAGAUGCCCUCCUCAUCUGCUUCUUCAGGUUCAAAGAGGUCUGAUAAGAGCCUGGAUCUGUUGAAUACGAAAAGGAAGAAGGAGAAAAAAAAGAAGAGCGUGAAACAAUUAACAGGAACUGUAGAAGAUAACAAAAUUGAGCGAGAAGUUGAGCAAGCCAAUGAGAAACAGAAGAAAAGAAUGGAUGCUCGUGCCUACAAAGCAUUGUUCAGGAAACAACCCAAGAAAGCUGAUGAAACAGAUCGUAACGAAGAUCUGAAUGGAACUAAUAGUGGAAGGAGGGAGGAGGACGUUUUAGAAGAAUUCAUUGAGAGAAGUCAUGAAAGGACUGAGGUGACAAGUACAAGUCAACCUGCGGAGGAAGCACUUAAAGGAAAGAAUGAGCAUAACUUGUUUCUCACUAGCGAAAAGGAUAGCUGCAAGGAUAUCUCUUCAAAUGGGGGUGAUCUACAAAUUCCUAAGAAUGGUUUGAUAACAGAAGAAAUGAAUGAUAAUGCUGAAAAGGCUGCCCAGGAUAAUCUGCAAAGUCCUCAUUUUGCAAAAUCCAUUAUGCCAGGAGGGGUCCUUGGUUGUGAUAUCAGUGUGGAGAUGGUCAUGCCUUCUGAAAACAAAUGUCAUGAUAUAGACAUUGAUUCUGUUGCUUCUUCAAAAAUCUCAAGUAAUAAUAUUGCUACCUGCACUGCUCCUGGACCUUCACAAUCGUCUGGUUGCAAAAGAAAAGAUUGCAGUGAGACUUGUGGAAUGAGUUCUAAAAGGCAAAGGGUUGACUGCAAUUCGACAAAGCAGGAGAUUUGCUCGUCUAAUAUUAAGGAUAGAGAGAAACUUGAUGUUGGUAUGAGCACAGGAUAUGUUGAAAAGCCCUGUAACUAUAUACAGCAACAUAUGUCCUCUGCAGAUCUUCAAACAGGCCGUGAUCGAAAUGCUUGCAUCAUAUGCAGUCUUGAUGGAAAGCUCUUAUGUUGUUGUGGAAAAGGGUGCCAAAGAAGCUACCAUCUUUCGUGUCUUGAACCUCCCCUUGAGGAGUUUCCUCUUGGAGCUUGGUACUGUCUAGCAUGUGUGAGGAAAAAAUUAGAAUCAGGGAUUUAUUCAGUUUCGGAGGGAAUAGAAGCAAUUUGGGAUUCUAGAGAACUGGAGGCUUCAGAGGAUGGAUUGCAAAGACAGAAGCAAUAUUUUGUGAAAUAUGAAGGUCUUGCUCACAUUCAUAAUUGUUGGCUAUCAGAGGAUCAGGUGUUGCUUGAAGCUCCAUCACUCGUUGCAAAAUAUAACCAGAGAAACCAGGGUUCUGUUUGGAAGCAACAGUGGGUGGUUCCACAUCGUUUGCUACAGAAAAGAUUGUUGAUGUUUCCCAGGGAGUGUGAUGAGCAUCAUAAUAAAGAGCACAAUGGUGAUAAGUUAAACUGUCAUGUUGAAUGGCUUGUGAAAUGGUGUGGUCUUGGUUAUGAACAUGCUUCAUGGGAGUUCGAGAAUGCUUCCUUUUUCAGUUGUCCAGGAGGUCAGACCCUUAUACAAGAAUAUGAAACUCGCAAGAAGGCCCAGAAAGCUUCUAAAUUUGAUAAGGAAAGAGCAGUUGCAUCCCUAAAAAUUUCUCAAUUACCAGCUGCAGCUUCAUCUGGACUGGAUGCUAAUCUUGAUCCUGUUAGCAAACUAUGCAACUAUUGGCGUAGGGGCCAGAAUGCUAUUAUUUUUGAUGACCAGGAAAGAAUAUCAAAUGUUAUUUCUUCCAUUCUAGCUUUUCCGUGUGAUAUCUCUAGUCCUUUUCUCAUUAUCUCUACCCCUGCUUCGCAAUAUUCAUGGGAUGAGGAGUUCUUGCAUUUAGCACCAUCUGCUGAUAUUGUGGUUUACAGUGGCAGUAAAGAAGCUCGGAAUAGUAUUAGGAAUCUGGAGUUUUAUGAUGAAGGAGGUUGUAUAAUGUUUCAAGUACUUAUAACCUCACCAGAAGUUAUCAGUGAGGACUUGAGCUUGCUUUGUUGUAUAGGAUGGGAGGCAAUAAUAGUGGAUGAGUGCCAACGUCCAAGAAUUGCUUCUUGUUUUGAACAAAUUAAGAUUUUAACUUCCAGUAAGAGGCUUCUAAUAAUCAGCAGUCAACUGAAGGAUAAUGUGGCUGAGUACCUUAAUCUUUUUUCUUUGCUUGAUUCUCAAAGUGGUUCAAAUGGUAGUAAGAGCUUGCUAACGGAUUCAAGUGAUGAUAUUGACACUUUGAAGGAGAGAUUGGCAAAAUAUGUUGCUUAUGAGCGCAAGCUAGAAUCAUCUAGGUUUCUAGAGUACUGGGUUCCUGUGCUCUUAUCCCAUGUGCAGCUAGAGAAGUAUUGUUUUACUCUACUUUCAAAUUCUCUCUCUCUUUGUUCCCCUUCAAAGAGUGAUCCUGUUGGAGUUCUCCGUAACAUUCUUAUCUCGAACCGAAAGUGUUGUGAUCAUCCGUAUACUGUGGAUCAAUCCCUUCAAUUGUUGCUCACUAAAGGCCUCCAAGAGGUUGAGUUUUUGGAUGUUGGCAUAAAAGCGAGUGGCAAAUUACAACUUCUUGAUGCAAUGCUUUGGGAGAUCAAAAAACAAGAGUUAAAAGUGCUUAUUCUUUUCCAGUACAUUGGAGGCUCUGGAAGGGAUUUAAUGGGAGAUAUUUUGGAUGACUUUCUGCGCCAAAGAUUUGGUAUAGAUUCUUAUGAACGUGUUGAUGGUGGUGUCACCCCUUCAAAGAAGCAAUCUGCUUUGAACAGAUUCAAUAAUGAGAAGCAGAGAUUUGUCUUUCUAUUAGAAACCCGUGCUUGUCUUUCCAGCAUCAAGUUAUCUACAGUUGGUACUGUCAUAAUAUUUGGAAGUGACUGGAGUCCAAUGAAUGAUCUAAGAGCCCUGCAGAGAAUAACACUUGAUUCUCAGCUCGAACAAAUAAAAGUAUUUCGCUUAUAUUCAUCAUUUACCGUGGAGGAAAAACUUUUGAUGCUUUCAAAACAAGAUAAGACAAUUGAUAGCAACAUAGAGUACAUACACCCCAGUAGUAGUCAUAUGCUGCUUAAAUGGGGGGCUUCAUACCUAUUUAGUCAGUUGGAUAAGUUUCAUGGUAUUACAAUACCGGAUGCAAGUAUCUUGUCAGAGCAAUCACAUUUAAAAUAUGUGAUUCAAGAAUUUUUUACCAUACUGCACCAAACUGGGAUUGAUGAUGAUGCAAGCAAGUUGUCCCUAAUUUUACAAGCCAAACAAAAUCAAGGAACGUAUAGGACAGAAAUGCCAUUGUUUGGUGAGCAGAAAAUUCAAGUGAUGAAUGAAGAUCCACCUCACACAUUUUGGACAAAGCUUUUUGAUGGAAAGAGUCCAAGGUGGAAGUAUUGUACUUCUUCAUCUCAGAGGAAUCGGAAAAGGGUUAAUUAUUUUGAUAAUUUGCAAAAAGAACCUGAGGCUGAAAGUGCUGAAGUUGCAAAGAGGCGCAAGAAGGUUGUAAGUGAUGGCAAUGAUCAUCCCUCUCCAAAAGCUGUGUUGCAAGAGGGGAAAUUGGCUGCUGGGUACAGGAAAGGAAGCUCAGGAACCCUACCAUAUGAUUUUACUCCUUUGAGUAGAUCAAUAGCUUCUGGGAGUGAUACAAUUCACGCAACCUCUAACUCACUUCAUCUAGACAAUAAUGUCUCAAAAAUACCAGCUCUAAAAAUGGUUGAAUGGGAGAGAAGAAAACAGCGUGACUCACAGAAGAAUCUCCAUGUUCUUUUGAAGCCACAAAUAGCCAAACUCUGUGAAGUCCUUCAUCUCACAGAGGAUGUUAAGGCUAUGGUUGAAAGGUUUCUUGAAUAUGUUAUGAAUAAUCAUCUGGUCAAUAAGGAACCAGCAACCAUUUUACAGGCAUUUCAAAUUUCUCUGUGUUGGAGUGCUGCUUCUUUGUUGAAGCAGAAACUUGAUCACAAAGAAUCACUUGCACUUGCAAAGCAGCAUCUAGGUUUUACUUGCAAGAAAGAAGAGGCCGACUAUGUUUAUUCAAUGUUGCGGUGUUUGAAGAGAAUGUUUCUAUACCGUACAGGGUAUUUGAAGGUCCCAAGCUCUCCUAAAGCUUCUGGAUUACCAGGUAAAUCUGUUGGAAGAGAUUAUUCCAGUGCAGCUUCUUACCAGCAUAAAAUAAAAGCAGAGACUGAAGAUUUGUCGGAUUUUCGAGAAGGUUCUGAUAUACAGGCCAUUUCAGAGUCUAGACUUGCCCCAGAAAUUCAAUUGGCACAGAGAGAUCUUCUGAAAAGCAUAAAAGAAAUUGAGAAAAAGUGUGAUAAGCAGAUAAGAAAACUAAUUGAGAAACAUAAGCAGGAAGUGGAACAAUUUAACCAGAAGUAUGAAGACGAAAAGGCACAACUGGAAAAUAAGAAAAGGACAGAAGCUGCGGUUAUCCGUUUGCAUAGUAAUGUCUCAAUGAGGACUGAUAAGCUCAAGAAUUUGGACACUGAAUAUGCAAGGAAGUUUGAUGAACUCGAACAGCAGAUGGAUUUACAUCUCAAGAAUCUUGAGGCACUGCAGGUGGCAGCAAGAAGCAAUUUUCUAGAAAGAAAGACUCGUUGGGUAGAAUCAGUUAAGUCCUGGGCUAGGGUUGAGUUAGUGAAGCCACCUGUAAGUCUGGCUAAUCUUUCUGAAGGAAGGAGUUCUGCAGGCAUUAUUCAUUCUGCUUCUGGAAGUGAGGUAAGACCAUCGAAAAUUGAUCACAUUGUGAAUGACGAAGUUAUGGCAUACAGUGAUCCCAUCAACGAGGCUAGACCCUUCAAGGACAAUUCUGAGGUAGCAUCAGUUGAGAAUCUUGGUUUCUGGGAAGGACAGGAGAACGUUGCCUCGUUGCGGGCAUCAUCAUCUCAAAACUAUUUUGAUAUAAAUUCAUUAAGAAAGGUUGAUGGGGAGAACCCCUUGAGAGAAUCAGGAACUAUCAUUUCUAGUGAAGGUCAACAGAACUUUGUCUCAUUAGAAGCGUCUCCAUCUGCUGAAAUUCCCGAGGAAUCCAAUUUAAGGGAAACUGAUGUGCAAGUUCCCUCAAGAGAAAUUGUUGUUGUCAAUUCCGGUGAAGGUCAGGAGAACCUUGUCUCAACAGAAGCACUUUCAUAUGAAGAAACUAGUGAUGGAGCUGUAUUAAGCAAUUUUGAUGGUGAGGUUCAUUUGAGAGUACCUGAGAUUGUCUGUUCUGGUGAAGGUUACGAGAAUUUACCAUCGGUGGUUGUCUCUUCAGCUGAAGAAGUUCCUGGUGGAACCACGUUAAACAUGGCUGAGGGGGAGCUUCCCAUUAGUAGACCUGAAGCUAUCGGUUCUACUGAAGGUCAGGAGAAUAUCAUGUCUGCUAACUGUUCAUUUGAGAAACAGAUUCCUGGUGGAGCCACGUUGAAUGUGCCAGAUGGAGAAAUUCCAAGGAGCACAGCUAUGAUUGCAACUUCUUGUGAUGGUAUGGAUAUUAUUGUCUGCACGAAUUCCUCUACAUCUAAAGAACAAAUACCUGAUACAGCUGCAUGUUCUAUGCCCACUAAAGAGGUCUCUUUGGUGGAACCUGAAACUGUUCCUAGUGAAGUCCUCGAGGGAAUCAGUGUUCAAAGAGAGAAUGAGGGAACAAGUCCCAUCGAAAAUGACCAGCUGGAUGGCAUACAAUGCACAAUGAACAGCGAAGCUGAAUUCCGAGAAACAUCUCUGGGGGAUCUAUCUUCAAUGCAGCCCGUGCCUACCUCGGACCAAGGUGGUCUGCAGCCACCUGAUCUGGUAUCCCCAAAUGUGGGUCCUCUUCCAUAUGCUUCCUCUGAAGCGCAAGCAAGAUGCAUGUCAAACAAUGAAAUGCGAAAUGCUUCAGAGUUAGCUGAAACUUCACCAUUUAAUGGCACCAUUGCUGCAACCUGCAAUAUGUCCAAUCCUGACACCACAGGUGUGGAGCUUAGAGAGCAAAUGCAGCAGCUGAGAUCCUCUGAAUCAACUUCCAACCUCUCUCAUCCCGAUCUACCUUCUGUUACUGCAGUUGAACAUCAAUUAAACAAUGAAGGCCAAACUGCCAACCAGAGUUCUCAGUCUCCAACUCAACCGGUGGCAAACCAUAUUGAGCUCUCCAACCAAGAUGUCUUGCAGCCUCUGCAUUCACCCAUUGAUGGUGCUGUUGACAGGCUUGUGAGACAAGCUUCAGAAACGAGGACAGCUUCAGUCCCUUUUGUUUCUAAUGGCCUUCCCUUGCAGACUGCACCUGCUGUAUCAUCUCGGAUGCAUCCAACUUUUUGUCAUGACCCACUUCAAAAUGAAAUGGAAAGAAUACUGAAAGAAAAAGAUCAAACCGCUAAGGUUCAUGAAGAAAUGAAGCUGCAGCUGAAAUUGGACUGUGAGAACGAGAUUAAGGAGGUUAUCGUUCAGAUUCGUCAAAAGUAUGAAGCUAAACUUAAAGAGAAAGAAGCAGAAUUUCAUCUGCAUAGAGCGGAGCUCAGUGAAACUUACAACAAAGUUCUCUUGCAUAAGAUCUUGGCGGAGGCUUUCAGGUCUAAAUGUAUGGAUAAUAGGGCAUUUGGUUCAGCAGGAACAAAUAAAGAGGCAAAUUCUAAUUUCAUGCUGCAGCAGGUUCAACUUUCAUCACAACAGAUGGUGCAACAGCCUCCUGCUGCUUCUGGUCUCCCUUCAACUGGCUCAGCUUCUAGUAUGCGAACUGUUUCACCUGCUGUAGUUAAUGCACAAAUAUUGCAGCGUUCUACUGCUUCAGGGAUCCCUUCAACUGGCUCAGCUUCUACUAUGCAAACUGUUUCACCUGCUGUAGUCAAUGCACAAACAUUGCAGCGUUCUACUGCUUCAGGGAUUCCUUCAACUGGCUCAGCUUCUACCAUGCAAACUGUUUCACCUGCUGUAGUCAAUGCACAAACCUUGCAGCGUUCUACUACUUCAGGGAUCCCUUCAACUGGCUCAGCUUCUACUGUGCAAACUGUUUCACCUGUUGUAGUCAAUGCACAAACUUUGCAGCGUUCUACUACUUCAGGGAUCCCUUCAACUAGCUCAACUUCUACUGUGCAAACUGUUUCACUUGCUGCAGCCAAUGCACAAACCUUGCAGCCUUCCACUGCUUCAGGGAUCCCUCCAACUGGCUCAGCUUCUAGUAUGCAAACUGUUUCACCUGCUGUAGUCAAUGCACAAACCUUGCAGCCUUCCACUGCUUCAGGGAUCCCUUCAACUGGCUCAGCUACUAGCAUGCAAACUGUUUCUCCUGCUCUAGUCAAUGCGCAAACCAUGGGUCCACAUUUGCAGGUUGUUAAGUCUUCGGCAUUAUUCUCAGGCACUCCAACUAGAUCUCCCCAUAUCAGCAACAUCUCUUCUACAGGAAACCUUAAAAUAGGCACUGAGAUUCGUGCUCCUGCCCCACAUUUACAGCCAUUUAGGCCUUCAUCAUCCAUUUCCCCAAGCAGUCUCCCAUUGCAUUCUCAUGUUAACCACCUUGCACGUAGGCAGGCAUCAAUUACCAGCCAAUCUGGUAGGAUCCAACAUGAAGUUGUUGGAGGGUUGGCAGCUCCACCAAGUUCUUUCUCACCUGGUGGCAAUGCAAAUCCACCAGGUUUUUUGCUGCCAGAUGUUAGUUCAAGGUCGGAAAUUCAGAUGCCAAGUAGUCGGUCUAACUCAGCACAGCAAGGCGGAGGAGCAACUGAUGUUGUUUGUUUAUCAGAUGAAGACUAACCAUAACCAGUAAAGGUAAUUUUGUAUAACAUAGAUGCAGUUAUAUGCAAUGCCUGAUCCAUUUUGAGUCAAGAGUAGUAGUUGAAGGUCAGAAAUUGAAGUGGGAAUUUAUGGUGAAUAGUUAUUCAAUUUGUAAUAUAUACAUAUUCUUUUAGUUACUGUUAUUUGUUAAUAAGUAAAUAGUUUGAAA